GUCGCGCCGCCCGGCCCCCUUGCACUUCCGUGUGCAGCGGCGCGCGAGAGGGAGGCGGCGGCCCUGGGAUCCCUGGAGCGACCCCCGGCAUCCGCCCGCCGUGCUGAGGUCCGGACGGGACUCUCCGGCCUACCGGCCCGUCCGGGUCGGGCCCGCACCGAUCCCCGUCCCCGCGCGCGCCCGAGAACGGCGCGGGGAGCUGGACCUCAGCCGCCGCGACCCCUGGCGCCUGGCGGUGCGCGGGAGGUCUGCCUGGACCCUGCCGAGGUGAGGGCGGUGGGCCUACCUCUGGUGGUGGCUGUGUGUUGGUGGCUGCAGCAGGAACCAGCACUGAGGGCAAGGGGGAGCCAGGAGCCCCAGUCCCACCGCAGGCCCCGGCAUGGCACCGUUCCUGCGCAUCGCCUUCACCUCCUAUGAGCUGGGUUCCCUGCAGCCCGCCGAUGAUGCCAGCCAGCCCUUCUGUGCCGUGAAGAUGAAGGAGGCGCUCAGCACGGAGCGCGGGAAGACGCUGGUGCAGAAGAAGCCCACCAUGUACCCCGAGUGGAAGUCCACAUUUGACGCCCACAUCUACGAGGGCCGAGUCAUCCAGAUCGUGCUGAUGCGGGCAGCCGAAGAGCCCAUGUCCGAGGUGACGGUGGGCGUGUCGGUGCUGGCUGAGCGCUGCAAGAAGAACAACGGCAAGGCCGAGUUCUGGCUGGACCUACAACCCCAGGCCAAGGUGUUGAUGUCUGUGCAGUAUUUCCUGGAAGAUGUAGAUUGCAAACAGUCCAUGCGUGGUGAAGACGAGGCCAAGUUCCCAACUAUGAACCGCCGUGGAGCCAUCAAACAGGCCAAAAUCCACUACAUCAAGAACCACGAGUUCAUUGCCACCUUCUUCGGGCAGCCCACUUUCUGUUCUGUGUGCAAAGACUUCGUCUGGGGUCUCAACAAGCAAGGCUACAAAUGCAGACAAUGCAACGCUGCCAUCCACAAGAAAUGCAUCGACAAGAUCAUCGGCCGGUGCACGGGCACCGCAGCCAACAGCCGGGACACCAUAUUCCAGAAAGAACGUUUCAACAUCGACAUGCCGCACCGAUUCAAGGUUUACAACUACAUGAGCCCCACCUUCUGUGACCACUGUGGCAGCCUGCUCUGGGGGCUGGUGAAGCAGGGAUUAAAAUGUGAAGACUGCGGCAUGAAUGUCCACCAUAAGUGCCAGAAGAAAGUGGCCAACCUCUGCGGGAUUAAUCAGAAGCUCUUGGCGGAGGCGCUGAACCAAGUGACCCAGAGACCCUCUCGGAAGUCAGAAACGGAGACUGUUGGAAUCUACCAGAAUUUUGAGAGGAAGUCAGGAGUCCCUGGAGACAUUGUCCCAGACAGUGGGACCUACGGCAAGAUCUGGGAGGGCAGCAGCAGGUGCAACAUUGAGAACUUCACCUUCCACAAGGUCCUGGGCAAAGGCAGCUUUGGGAAGGUGCUGCUGGCAGAGCUGAAGGGCAAAAAGGAGUUCUUCGCUAUCAAGGCCCUCAAGAAGGACGUGGUUCUGAUCGACGACGAUGUGGAGUGCACCAUGGUGGAGAAGCGGGUCCUGGCACUUGCCUGGGAGAAUCCCUUUCUCACCCACCUCUUCUGCACGUUCCAGACCAAGGACCACCUGUUCUUCGUGAUGGAGUUCCUCAAUGGGGGAGACCUGAUGUACCACAUCCAGGACAAAGGCCGCUUCGAGCUCUACCGCGCCACGUUUUAUGCAGCCGAGAUCGUCUGUGGACUGCAGUUUCUGCACAGCAAGGGAAUCAUUUACAGGGACCUCAAGCUGGACAAUGUGAUGCUGGACCAGGACGGCCACAUCAAGAUCGCCGACUUCGGGAUGUGCAGGGAGAACAUCGUCGGGGACAAGCAGGCUAGCACAUUCUGCGGCACUCCUGACUACAUCGCCCCUGAGAUCUUGCAGGGCCUCAAGUACUCGUUCUCCGUGGACUGGUGGUCCUUCGGAGUCCUUCUGUACGAGAUGCUCAUCGGUCAGUCCCCCUUCCAUGGGGACGAUGAGGACGAGCUCUUUGAGUCCAUCCGCGUGGACACCCCGCACUAUCCCCGCUGGAUCACCAAGGAGUCCAAGGACAUCCUGGAGAAGCUGCUUGAAAGGGAUACAAGCAAGAGGCUGGGAGUGAGCGGGAACAUCAAAAUCCACCCCUUCUUCAAGACCAUCAACUGGACUCUGCUGGAGAAACGGGCUGUGGAGCCGCCCUUCAAGCCCAAAGUGAAGUCCCCUGGAGACUUCAGCAACUUUGACCAGGAGUUCCUGAACGAGAAGGCACGCCUCUCCUACACCGACAAGAACCUCAUCGACUCCAUGGACCAAACAGCAUUCGCUGGCUUCUCCUUCGUGAACCCCAAAUUUGAGAGAUUCCUGGAAAAGUGAGGUUUCCAGACAUGCCUCCCCCCAAACCACCCCAGCCGGGGAGCCUGGGUCAGGCAGCAUGGCCUGCCCACACGGCCUGGGCAUGGCAGGCUGGGCGGUGCCACCCCUUCAUCGGCACCCCCCUGCCCACCCACAAUUAGCAAGAGUGUGAUUGCCUGGUUUGUGCUGCUGCCGCCCCUUGGCCCCCAAGAGGGGCCUUGGCUCCUGUCUGGCUGGGCUCUUAUGGUACUUCUGUGAACCCUGUGUAAAAUUUGCUUUUCCUCUGCUGUCAGAGGGAAAUUGUAAAUCAUGUGUUUCAUUACUUGAAUGUAGUUAUCUAUCGAAAAAAAUAUUAUAUAUAUAUACAUACACACACACACACACACACACACAUAUGUAAUAGGCUGUAUAUAAUGCUCAGUAGAGGAGAAACGUACGGGGGAUCUAGUGAUGUGUUGAUUUUUUAAAA